UUUAGAGGUCGAAGGUUAUACACUGAGAGGGAGAGAAGAAAAAAAGAGAAAGAGAGAGAGACAAAGAGGGUGGAUGAGGGUGAGAAAGAAAGAAAAAUAAGCAAAGGAGAAGAAGAGUAAGAGUGACCUAAGAUUCUCUCUCUUCUGGUAUGUGGCCUGUGAUCUUAAACGAUCUCCGCCCAUAAGAGAGUAAAAAGAAUAUAAGAAAAAAGGUCGCGUGGCCAAGAAGUUCCCACGGUUUGCAAGAGAAUCCAGUUAACAGCAACUUAAGAACAUGUUAGAUGUUUGGAUGAUCUUAAGAAGAAAAUAAGCAUCUGCAUUUCGUUGCGAAAGAAACUGAACUUGCGCCGAGAGAUAAACACGCGUGGGUAACAGGCUCGUUCCAAUACACACUUAUCAUCAUCUUCUUUCUUUUCAUCUUCUCUCUCUUGUUCUCUUUCUCUUUUUUCUUUCGUUUCUCUUUCUCCGACCGUGGGAACAGAGAGCGUGAGAAAAUAAGAUUCCGUUGCUGAGUUUCUUCUUUCCCACGAUCUUUUCUUCCAACAAGUAAAUACCUUUACAUCUUCUUCUCUUCUUCUCGCCAUCAUCUUAAACAUCUUUUCUUUCUCCCUCUUUCAUUUAUCUUCUUCUUCUCUUUCUCUCUUCUCUCUCUUUUCUCUUUCUUCUUCUCCAUUGAUGUAACAACAACAACAAACGUUCAAAUCUCCAAAGACCAAAACCCGAUCAUCUUUUCGUAUCAACUUCAUUCUCACUUCAAACUCUCAACAAUCAACAUCAACUUUUCUUUUUUUUUCUUUUUUCAUUUUUCAUUUCAUUUCAUUUUAUUUCUUCUUCUUCUUUUUAAUUUGUUAAUUACCUUCGUUGUCCAUCAUCAUGAAAAUGUCCAUCACUCGAGUUGAUCCUUUGUCCAUUGAGAUUCCAAAAAAACCUCCGAAUAAAUCGGCUUCUGAACAUCGACGAGCAACUAAACCGAUUAUGGAGAAACGAAGACGAGCUCGAAUCAAUAAUUCAUUGGAACAAAUCAAAUCUCUAGUUCUUGUUGGUCUAAAUAAAGACCCAACCAAACACACUAAAUUAGAGAAGGCUGAUAUUCUCGAAAUGACUGUCGAAUAUCUUAAAGAUCUUGUACAAAUUAAAUCGAUUGACAAAUUAUCUGCAAUGAAAAGUUUCGUCGCUGGAAUUGAUGAAUGUGCUUCUGAGGUGAAAAAGUUCGUCAAUGGUUCAAAUGAUGUUGAUCUGGCGAUGAAAAGGCGAAUUGUUUCUUCCCUGAAAAAUAAUUUAUCUUCAUUAAAACUCACCAAUGGUCUUAAUCACAAUUCUAAUCUGGUUUCAUCAACAACCUCAUCAUCUUCAUCAACUGGUCCAUCAUCUCCCAUCCUAAGUCCACUUAACAUGAAAACCGAACCAGUCUCACCUUUAACCGUUAAUCGAGAUGCAUUAACAACAAUCUCCUUUAAUUACAACAAUUCAACCAAAAGUCAAUCACAAUUAACUCCACCACCUUCAGCCAAUUCAUCUAAUGAAUCUUUCAGAUUUUCCCCUGUUCACUUUGAUCAUCAAUCUCAUCAUAAUCUUCACAAUCAAUAUCUUAACCAUCACCUUAAUCAAUCAUCAAAUUAUAUCAUCUCACCAAUUUCACCUUCAUCACAUCUCAUCGACGAUCCAAUGGAUUGUAUUCCGUUGAUUGUUCCAAAUCAUCUAAAUUAAAUCUCGACGAUAACGUUUGGAGGCCUUGGUAAUUAGUGUCUUACCAACACCAAUGGAUUAAAUUCACCACCGGUGCCUUAACUUAAUUAGUUAACGGAAGAAAAGAAAAACUAAUUGCCACAACAAUUAAAAACUUUCUUUCUUCUUCCUCAUCAUUAUUAACAAAUCAACAAUUGUUAAUUGUCGUUGAUCAUCAGCAUCAUUAUCACUAUUAUAUUUCCCUUCUAUUGAUCUCUUUCUCUGUAAAUAGAUUUAAUCAACAUCAUAAAUUGAUUAAAUAUCUAUUCAUAAUUAAUCUAA